CCAGCUGAGCUGAAGCAUUAAUGAAGAAAGCCCUGAUCCUUCUGAGGUUUAUUUACUCUGACUGGACCCACUAAAUUCAAUAGAACUACUCAAGAGUACUCAGACACAGGCGGUUGUGUCACUCCCUGUGGAGGAGAGGCUUUAGUUUGCAGUCCCUGUGAAACAGUAACUUUUUCAGGACAUGGAAAGUUGUUCUCUCUCCAUAGAGCUGAAUUCCAUGAUGUUGAGAGGAGUCGCUCACGGUGCAAAAGACACAUUUACUCUUCUGUUGGCAAGAUGGCAGUACCGUUACCCAGGAUGGAAUUUUUCAUCAGUAUGGAAUGAAGUAGCAAAGAGAAGCUUCCUAAUACAUUCCACUUACACAACUGAUACAAAAUCAAGAGAGGAAAAUAAAAAAACCAUUGAGAGUCUCUACAGAUUUUCAGUUGACAUUAAGAAAAUACGCAGACUAAAGGAAUGGGUCCUUCUCCAGGAUACGGCCUACGUUAAAGAAAUUGCUGGUAUCUUAAAAGAAAUGGGAGCAGAUGAGACUGCUGUAGCCAACAUUUUAGAACGCUGCCCAGAGGCAAUUCUCCAUACCCCUGCAGAGAUAAACUCUCAGAGAGCUCUAUGGCAAUUAGUAUGCCAGAAUGAAAAACAGUUGAUUAAAUUAAUAGAGCAAUUUCCAGAAUCUUUUUUUACUACUGAAUAUCAUGAGAACCAGAAGGCAAAUAUACUGUUUUUUCAAGAGCUGGGACUUAAGAAUAAUAUAAUCACCAGGUUCCUGACAAGCGCACCCAAUAUUUUCUAUAAUCCUGUUGAGAAAAACAAAAACGUGAUAGAGACAUUACAAAGAAAUUAUUUAAGUUUAGGAGGUUCUCAUGAAAAUAUGAAGACCUGGAUACUGAAGCUAUUGAGCCAAAAUCCAUUUAUUUUAUUAAAUACAUCCACUGCAAUCCAGGAGAACUUGGAAUUUCUCCAGAAGAAUGGUUUUACUGACCCUGAAGUUCUACAGCUGCUGUCCAAACUUAAAGGUUUCAUUUUUCAACUUACUUCUACUACUAUGCAGGAGAGUAUGCUUUUUUCCAAAAAUGUCUUUCAGUGCAGUGAUCAAGAAUUAAAACAGCUAGUGCUGAAAUGCCCAGCGCUUCUCUACUACUCUGUUCCGGUUCUGGAAGAAAGACUUGAAGGACUACUGAAGGAAGGAAUUUCUGUAGCGCAGAUUAGAGAGACGCCAAUGGUGCUGGAGUUGACAACGCAAAUCGUUCAGUACCGAAUUAAAAAACUCGCUGCUUUGGGAUAUGAUAUAAAGAGUGGAACUCUAGAAAGCCUGAAUGGUACUAAGAAAGAUUUUGAAGUCAGUUAUGGUAAAAUACAAUCAAAGAAGGAGAGGCCAAUUUUUAAUCCCGUUGCUCCUAUACACAUUGAAGAUUAAUUUGAAUGCUGUGCUUUAAAUUUUGCAAAAGAAAAUUGUGAAAAAGAGAUGUUGAUUCUUUGAGACGAGCCAGAACAAAAGUAAUCUCAACCAGACUGUAGUCUUACACUGUACUUUGUCCUGGAGUGGGUCUUAGGCACAAAUUCAUUAUACAAUUGUAGAUUUCCGAUGUGUUCAAAUGGUAUCAUAGAACCUGGUUACGAUAAAUGUGGCCU